AUGUCCUGGUCACUUCUUUCACUCCUUUUCUUUAUCACUUUAUUAUGGGCUGAUGAUUUGACUUCUGCUGCCGGAUAUGUAAUGUACUGCCCAUGCAUGGGUAGAUUUGGUAAUCAGAUGGAGCAUUUUCUCGGCAUGUUGGCAUUUGCGAAAGCUCUCAACAGAACUUUAGUUUUACCUCCAUUCGUUGAAUACUAUCCUGAAAAAAGACAAGCUGUGAUGGUUGAUUUUGACAAAUAUUUUUUGGUUGAACCAUUACGUAACUUUCAUAAAAUGAUUGUUAUGCGUGAUUUUAUCAAGGAGAUCGCACCAAAUGUUUGGCCACUGAAUAAAAGGAAAGCAUUUUGUUGGCAACCGCGUCAAAGUAUUUAUGAUGCAAAGAAAUCGUCUGGAUGUCAUGCCAAAGAGGGAAAUCCUUUUAGCGCAUUUUGGGAUUAUUCGAAUAUAAGUUUUGUUGGGGAUAUUUAUUAUGCUUCAGAUUUUCAUGAGGCUCAUUUCAUUAACUUGGCAAGCGUUCAGAAAAAGUGGGACGAAAAGUUUCCAGCUGAUCGAUAUCCAGUUUUGUCAUUCAUUUCUGCUCCGGCAGCGUUUCCAGCACGAAUUGAUCAUCACCACUUGCAGAGAUAUCUUCAUUGGUCAAAAGCAAUUGUGACAAAGGCUAAUAAAUAUGUAACAGAAUCACUUGAAAGACCAUUUAUUGGUAUUCACUUGCGGAAUGAUGUAGACUGGGAAAAUUUAUGUCAAAUGGUACACAAAAAUGAAACUGACAAAUUAUUUGGUUCAGCAAUUUGUACUGGUAACAACGGUAAAUUAACUGCCGAAAUGUGUCUACCUUCAUUGGAAACAAUUAUCAAAGACGUUACGGAGAAAGCAUUAAAGUUGAAAGUACGAUCAGUGUUCGUAUCAAGUGACCGAAAUCACUAUAUCGAUGAAUUAAAACAAAAACUGGCUCCUUUACGGAUUGUUGUACGGCGCCGUUAUCCUGAAAAUUUACAUGUAAAUUUGGCGAUUAUGUCAAUAGCGGAUCAUUUUAUUGGCAAUUGUGUAUCCACUUUGAGCGCAUUUAUAUAUCGGCAGAGGAAGUAUGCAUCAAGCGUUCCAAGACCUUCAUCGUUUUUUGCUCAGAGUUAUUUUAUAGGAAAUAAAGACGAACUAUAG